GGGAGUAUGUAAGCGGUUCUGGUCAGGAUGGAUACUUAGAACUUUAAAAUUCCAAUUUGCCGCCCAGACCCGUGUAGCUGACGUUUACAUUGCUGAAUGAAGUGAGCGGUUUUGCUGUUGCUUCAGCAAACCCUCUUAUCAAGCGUCUGUCUCCCUUUUGGCUUGGUCAGCACAGUGGCAAGCCGACUGGACUUGGAGAGACUAACCUGAGGCUGAAGUAAUCUGUGGGAGAAAGAGGGGCAUGCCAUGUUCCCCUUCACGGGAUGGGGGCUGGGCUGCCUCCGGCUCUGUCUGCUCAGAGUGUGGGCCGGCGAGGCCACCGGGCGCUGGGCCUGUGGGACAUGUCAGUCCCGGCUGUACGGCUCAGGUGGGUCCCAGCCCGAGGUCUCUAGGUCUGACUCUGCGCGCGGGACUCUGAAGGAGUGGGCGCUGCUGGUGAGCCCUUUCGGCCGUCUGCGGGCGCGGCUCCCAUGCCACCUGACUGUGAGGCCCCUGGACCCCCUCACCUACCCAGACGGCGACCGCGUGCUGGUCACAGUGAGCGGAGUGGAGGGCGGGGCGCGGGCCUUGGCCGGCCUGCAGGUGAACUACGACGAGGCGCAGAAGGAGGUGACCAUCGUGGCUGAUGUCAUCGACCACCAGGCGUCCGUGGAAGUGAACGCGCCCCUGAAGUUUGAUUUGAAUAUCCAGUCAUCAGGGUCUGGCUGUGUAAAGGUCCAAAAUAUUGAGUGUGAUAAUUGCAAAAUUGAAACUGAGCAGGGGACUAGCAUCUUACAGUCUGUUAAGAGUCAAAAAUUACAUGUUCAAACAACAGGAGGCAAAGUGAUCUGCCUGGGAACGAUUUAUGGAAAUAUAGAUAUCCAUGCAUUGGAUAAAAGUACUGUGACUGUAGAUAAACUACAGGGAAGUUCUGUUAAUAUAUCUACUGAAGAUGGUUUGCUGAAAGUCAAGUAUCUUUAUACAGAAUCAUCGUUUCUGUCUUCUGCUGCUGGGGAUAUUACAUUAGGAAGUGUUCAUGGUAAUAUAACAUUACGAAGCAAAAUGGGUAACAUCACAGUAGAUUCGUCUUCUGGAUGUCUAAAUGCUUUGGCUCAGCAGGGUGCCAUAGAUGUUUAUGUCAGCCAACUGGGAAAAGUGGAAUUGAAAGUCCAUAAAGGCUCUAUUCUUGUCAAGGUUGCAUCUUCUCUUCAAGCUUAUUUACAGUUAUCAGGGAAAGAGAUUGAUAUGAACUCAGAUGUCCAUGUUGAAGAAAUGAAUGAAGCUCAUAAAGAUGAUGGUGUGAUAAUUACUGGAUUCCUGAAUCAAACAAGCGAACAUGAAAAAUGGAUUAAGGCUGAUGCCCCAAAAGGAACUAUACGUUUUAGAAGCCAAAGCUGGUUUCAGUCUCUGAAGCUGCAGGACUGAAUGACUUGAAUUAUAUUUCUAAUUUUUAACAAUGACUAGUAGAUCUAUGACUACAAAAAAGCAAAUACCAGUGUUCAUACAAAUGUUGAAAACAAUAAACUGGAAUGUCUUGGAGAAAUCUUUUCAAAAUUUGUACUUUGCUGUUAGUUUUCUUUCGUAACAAAUUACCACAAACUUAAUGACUUUGAAAAAUACCUGUUUGUCCUGGGAUCUCCUGGAUGCUGCCACUACCUAGCACUAGCCCCAAGGCCUCUAUAGUCAACCACCUCUUUACCUGGUUCCAUCAACCAAUGGCCAGCAGCCUCUGCACAAGGAAGCACCUGGCAACCAAACUGAUCAGGGGCCAACCAAGCCUACCAGACCACCUACACAGUGAGUCUGCCAAAACAGAAAGACCCAUGCCCUCAUAGGGGGAACUCCUAAGGCAUAUAGCUUUUGAUGAGAGGAGAGUGCACUGCUGGAACACAGAAGAUCAUUUCUUCAUGACUGGAAGACUUAACCAACAUGUCAGAUACAUAAAAAACAAAAACAGCUAGUUAGGCAAAAUGAGGCAACAGAGGACCAUGUUCCAAACAAAGGAUUGAGAUAAAACCGCAGAAGAAGAACUAAGUGAAGUGGGAGAUAUGAAAUCUAACCAAGAAAGAGUUUUAGGAUAUCAUCAUAAAAAUGGCCAAAGAACUUAGGAAAAGAAUGGCUGCAAAGACUGAUAAGUUAGAAGUUUUUAACAAAGAAAAAAAGAACAACCAAACAGAUGAAGAAUAUAAUAACUGAAAUGAAAAAUACAGUAAAAUCAAUCAGUAGUAGACUAAUACAGAGGAAUGGAUCUGAAGCUGGAAAACAGAGUAGUGGAAAUCAGUUAUGCUGAAGAGAAAACAAUGAAUAGAAAUGACGUUUCAAGAGACUUCUGAGACAACGUCAAGCUCAUUUUUAUUUGCAUUUUAGGAUCCCCACAGAACAGAGAGAAAGAGGCUAAGAACAUAAUUGAAGACAUAAUAGCUGAAAACUUUCCUAUCUUGGAAAAAACAAACAAAACCCAAAAUUAGUCAAAGGGAAGAAAUCAUAAAAAUCAGAGCAGAAAUAAAUGAAGUAGACUCUUAAAAAAUACAAUAGAAAAGAUCAGUGAAGCUAAGAGCUUAUUCUUGGAAAAGAUAAUCUGAAUUGAUAAACCAUUAGCCAGAUUGAUUGAGAAAAGAAAGAUCCAAAUCAAUAAAGUCAGAAAUGAAAAAGGAGAAGUUACAACUGAUGCUACUGGAAUACAAAGGACCAUAAGAGACUACUGCAAACAACUAUAUGUCAAAAAAGGGGACAACAUUGAAGAAAUAGGCAGAUCCUAAAAAUGUAUGCUAAAAGGAAUCAAUAGUAGACUCCCAAGACUGACUCAGAAGUAGAAAAUAUGAACAAAUCAAUUAUAAGUAAUGAAAUUGAAUUAGUGACAAAAAAUUCCCAACAAACAAAAAGUCCAUGACCAGAUGGCUUCACAGAUGAAGCCUAGCAAACAUUUAGAGACUAGUUAGCAUUUAUGCUUCUUAAACUAUUCCAAAAAAUUGCAGAGGAAAGAACACUGCUGAACUCAUCCCACAUGGCCAGAAUCACCAUAAGAUCAAAACUAACAAAGAUAAUUAUACACAUAUACAAAUUAUAGGCCAUUAUAACUGAUGAAUAUUGAUGUGAAAAUCCUCAACAAAAUAUUGUCAAAUCAAAUCCAACAAUACAGCAAAAGGAUCAUACAUGGUGAUCAAGUGGGAUUUAUCUCAGGGAUGCAAGAAUUUCUCAGUAUACACAAAUCAAUCAAUGUGAUACACCAUAUUAACAAACUGAAUAAUAAAAACCACAU